UAUUUUUAUCAUAGUCCAUUAUUAUUGAUGUGCAACAAUCUUUGAUAUGCUACAGUCUACAAGUAUAUAUAUACAUAAAGUCAUAAAUAGUGAAUAAAUCUAAGCUAAAGAACCCUCAAAACUUUAACAACCAUAAAAUUAUAUUGUUAGUAAAUAUGAAUAACAAGCCUCAUGCAGUAUGCGUAGCUUUUCCAGCACAAGGUCAUUUAAUUCCUAUGAUGCAAUUAGCCAAACUUCUUCAUUCUAGAGGCUUCUACAUAACCUUCGUCAAUACCCACUUCAAUCACAACCGUCUGAUCAAGGCCAACAAGGGCUCAUCAUCGUCGGAUGAUGAUGAGUGGGUCAGCUGUUUUCCUGAUUUCAAGUUUGAAAGUAUGGAUGAUGGAUUACCACCGUCUGAUCGUGAUGCAACCCAAGACCCUCCUACUCUAUGUUAUGCUCUACGUGACAAUUGUUUGCCUGCUUCACGUGAGCUCUUGGCGAGGGUACGAGCCAAGACCGGUGUUCUUCCUGUGACAUGUGUCAUUUCUGAUGGGUUGUUGGGUGGUGUUGUUGAAGCUGCUAGAGAGAUUGGUGUUCCGGGUAUCCAAUUAUGGACUGCCUCUGCUUGUGGUUUCUUGGGUUAUCUUUAUUAUCCUCAACUUCUUGAAAGGGGAAUUAUUCCCUUUAAAGAUGAAAAUUACAAGCACGAUGGAACCUUAAACACGCCAGUGAAUUGGAUACCAGGCAUGGAGAACAUGCGCCUUGGAGAUCUUCCUUCUCUUAUGAGAAUUACAGAUGAAGAUGAAAUUCUUUUCACAUUUCAAAAAGAACAAGUUCAAAGCUGUCUCAAAGCAUCGGCCCUAAUAUUCAACACUUUCGAUUCAUUCGAACAACGAGUUUUAGAGGCCAUUAAAUCCAAUAUAUCCCCUCAAAUCUACACAAUUGGGCCACUUCAAAUACUAGAGCAAAAACAUGUCCCUGAAAGCCCAUUAAAGUCAUUUCGGCCCACUUUAUGGAAAGAUGAUAUACAAUGUCUUGAGUGGUUGGCCCAAAGGAAGCCCAAAUCAGUUGUGUAUGUAAACUAUGGUAGUGUUACUACAAUGUCUAAGGAAAAUGUUGUGGAAUUUGCAUGGGGUUUAGCCAAAAGCAAGCACCCAUUCUUGUGGGUCCUACGUCCGGAUGUUGUUAGUAUGGAGGAAUCAGAGUUGUUGCCUAAGGAAUUUUUUGAUGAGGUUAGGGAUAGAGGAUUGGUGGUGAGUUGGUGUCCACAAGAGCAAGUGUUGGUUCAUCCCGCGGUUGGUGUUUUCUUGACACAUUGUGGGUGGAAUUCUUUGCUCGAGGCUGUAUGUAGAGGUGGUUUGCCUAUUAUUUGUUGGCCGUUCUUUUUUGAGCAACCCACGAAUUGUAGGUACGCGUGUUUGGAAGAUGAGUGGGGGGUUGGGCUUGAGGUGAAUCAAGAGGUUAAGAGAAAGGAGAUUCAGGAUUUGGUUAGAGAAGUGAUGGAUGGAAAGAAAGGGGAGAAAUUAAGAAAAAAUGCUUUGGGUUGGCAAGAAAGAGCUGAGGAGGCUACCGAUGUUGGAGGUUCAUCCUUUGAUGAUUUUGAGAGGCUUAUCAAAGAGGCUCUUCAUAGUGAAUGCAUCGAUUAGUUAAAAAAAAUGUAUGUUUAGCCUAGUUCAGUGACGAACUAGUGAGAUUAUAUUCAUAAUUUGAACUAUAAGACCGGUUUGUUAUGUGAUGUGUGUAUAAAAUAUGCGAAUGCACCAUGAAUUUUUCUAUUAUUGAUUUUUA